ACAUGCUUAUAUAUAAUGCUAUUUUAUUUAAAGCAUUUUAGUGACUACAAUACUGUGGUUUCAGACAUUCACAAAUAGCUGAACCGUUCGCACAAUCCACAAAACCCAGGGCUAUCUUAGAAGCUAAUCUCCAUCAGUCAAAUACACUUUAAUCAAACAAAAAUGGUUUACUCUUCCGACUUUUACACUUCCCGCAGACCGGCGUACUACAAGCCGGCCAGUUCUUAUUCAGUCACCCCACUGUAUUCGUCCGAUGGCUAUGAUUUGCCACCUACUUACUAUAAGGCGCAUCAAGUAUAUCAGACGAGCACUACGCCCACUCCAUUUAUUUUGACACCGUCGAUAUCAACUGGGAAACCAUCUACGAAAGUUUUACCUUACAAUGGUUAUCCUUAUAAUCACCAUCAUUACGUACCAUUACACAGAAGAUCAGCAGCUACAAUUCAUGGUGUUUUAGAUAGGAUAGAACAUCGUCCACGAUCUCAUCCAUCAUACGACGCCACUGAUGAGUAUCUAAACUCCAGGAGUUCUACAAACUUUGAUGAUGUUACGAGAGAUAUCCGGGCUCAAACCGCUGGAUUGCUUAAACAAGUAUAUACUCCUUCAAUCAGACCUAAAAUAUCGUCUGUGUCUAAUGGAUAUAGUGAAUUACCUGUAUCACAACGUAUAGAGUCUGAUGCUUAUAUCGAAAAGAUCCUUUCUGACUCAGAUUCUUAUCGCCGAGAAAACAAUAUUGGUAAAGGACACUUGGCUUGUGUGUCAUAUGCUGGUGGCAAGGCGUACCCAAGAAGAAGGCCACAUUUGUCAAAAGAAGUUGACGACAAUAUCACUAUGUUGUCUUAUUACAAUAAAACGAGAGAAGCUGUGGCGGCAUCCUCAACAAAUCCAACGGUUAAAAUAAAUAAUACAGAAAGUCCGAAAUAUUGUCCGAAAAAAAAGUUAGAAGAUGAUAGUAAAAAUAAUUUUGAUAAGAAUUUAGCAGCUGACAAGAAAGCAACUCAAUUAGGUUUGGAAAAAGAAACAGCUGAGAAGAAAGCAGCUCAAUUACAUGCUGAAGAGGAAGCAGCUAAAAAGGACGCUACUAGAUUAGCAGCAAAAGAAGCAGCUCGGUUAGCGGCUGAAGAAGAAGCAGCUGAAGAGAAAGCGGCUAAAGAGGAGGCAACUCGACUAGCAGCUGAAGAGGAAGCCGCUCAUUUGGCUGCUGAAGAAGAAAAAGCUCGACUAGCAGCUGAAGAAGAAGCAGCUCGACUAGCAGCUGAAAAAGAAGCAGCUCGACUAGCAGCUGAAGAAGAAGCAGCUCGAUCAGCAUUAGACCAGAAAGUCGAAGAAGCUGAAGAAACUCAACAAUUAGUCAAUGAAACUACGACAGAAGAAGAAAUCGAUCAAUCUGAACAAAAAAUAAAAUUGUCUGAAAAAACUAUAGAUAUAAGCUCAGAAUCCCAAGAAACUAAUGAUGCUGCCAUUGCAAAAUCGUCAACUACGACCACCUCCACUGAAAUAAUUAACGAAGAUGAAGGUGGAGUUAAAACUACAGCAGUAUUUCAACGAACAAUCAAAAAAACAACUACCAUAACAAGUAGUACUUCUGUUGUAUCUGAAAACGAUGAUGAUAUUAAUUCAAAGGUUGAAAUACAAGAGAUAGUUGAAGAAAACGGUGACAGUGGUGAAGACGAACAUGACACAGAGCAUCUAGAUGCUGCACAAGCUGAAGGACAAGAAUCGUCUGAGGAGGAAGACGAAUCAGAAGAGGAAGAAGAGUCCGAAGAAGAAUAAAAAAAGUUCAUUAUAUUAAAAUACAUUUGUAUUUAUAUUAUUUAUUUCAAGAUUAUUAAAAUCAUUAAAAUAUUUAUAAUUUAUAUGGGUUAAGUUUCUAUACACAGACACACAGUGUUUUAAUUAUUAAUAAUUUUUAAACAUUCAAUAUUGUCGUUAUAUUAUUGACAAUAGAUUAAAAGAGUUUGCAUUUAAAUAG